AUGAAGGGGUGGAUACGCUUAUUGACCGGAUACCAGUUUAUGACAACUGGCAGAGACUUGGCCCUGAAGCAACAAUGGGAGAUUGAACAGAAGAACAUAAGACUUAUGAGAGCACCGCCAAGGGUCACAGGAUUUGAGAAAAUGAAAGAUAACUGGGAAGAUGCGCGGUUUAUUUGGCCAACAAAUAUUAAUAGUAGUUCGCGGUUUGAUCAUGGCGAAGUGCAUUAUUCCCGCCUUGUAGAAGGACAGUCGGGAAGAGGAGAGUGUCUUCAAUGUUAUCGCUAUGUCCUUGAGAUGGAAGAAGAGGGAGGAGAGGAGGAGGAGGAGGAGAGAGGAGGUGGGGGAGGGGGGAGGUUACAGUACGGUUUGAAGCUCGUUGUCACGCGUGGUAUCGACUAUCUCGACCCUCAUGUCGAAUUCCACCGAUGCCGUUUUUGGUUAGUCCACACGGCGAUGGACUGUGCACAGAUAUUUACUACAAAAUAUCACUUCAUACCAUGGACCAUGCCUCGACGAUUCCCCUCAACUCUGCAAGAACUGCCAGGCCAGAACCUCAAUCAAGUUGAACCAGAUAUACAAGCCAUUCCUCCCCUGUCGUUGCGGCCGAAAACAACGUGGAUAGCAAUAAGAAGAAUGCUUGGAGUGAAUGUGAUGGAGAGAUGCUGGAGAGAUAGAUCUGUAUUUAUAGGUCCUUGA